UGGUUGUGAUAUCAUUUCUGUUGUGUGCUUCAAACCAUUUUUUGUGUAUUUUUCGUGAAAAAAAUGUUGUUUUUCUAAAUUUUCAUAAAAACUAAUUUAUUUUAUUUAAAUAAAUUUUAUUAAAGUGAUGCACUAAACAAUUAACAAAUCAAUAAAAUCCAUGACAAAGAAACAAAAUUAAAAAAAAACAAAGCAAAAUGAAACGCAAUUAGAAAAAAAAACAAAAAAACUACAUCUUGCAACUUUCUAAAAGAAAAUACAAGUAAAUCACCAACAAAAUAGAAAAGGAAUCUUUUGUCAUCACAUCACAAAAAUGCAGUCAUCUGCUGUUCCUCUACAACCAGAAAUCAAUCAUCAAAUACUUUUAAUAAAAUUGAGAAAAUCAAUUGAAUUAUGGUUUUUAGAUAAACGCGAUCAAUUGGAGGACGAAUGGGAUGAUUUGUAUUCGGGCAUACAAAAUGAUAUUGCUACAAUUAUAUCCGAUGGGCUUCAGUUGAGUUUGCAAUCAUCAAAUAAAGCUCGCUUACAAAAGUUCGCCGAUGAUCUAUGUUGGCUUAAAGCUUCCAUUCAAGCAAAAAACCAAAGUCUAAUAUCAAUAUCAGAUUUGAGUACUGCCAAAAGUUUCUUAAUAAAAUGGGUACACGAUACAAUGAAAGAUAACUGCCUUUGUGCUUGUGUACAAUUAUUAGUCACCGAUAAAGAUAUACUCACCACAUACUAUACCAAAUACUCAUUUAUUCGUAAUGAAAAAUACGCAACUGCUUUAUUCAUUUGCAUUUCAGCAGUCGAAUUGAAUCGUUGUUCUUUGUUAACCCAAAUUGAUGCUACACUCUUUGGAGAUAGCCCGUUCAAAACCAAACGGGCAACAUCUCAUCCAAAUCUUUCCAUUUCACCACAGCCAAAGAGAACUCCAACUAAAUCACUGCAACAACAAGACACAUCUGAUGGUUUGAAUCAAAUCAAACCACUUCGUCCAAUAACUUCAAUUCGCAAAUGGAACAGUUUGCCUGCACUGAAACAUGUUCAUACAAAAAAACGUUCCAGAAGUCAAACGAUUGGCAAUGCUCGAGAUGUUUCAGUGAAUAUUGGAAGAUUACACCAAGCAUUAGGCAUACAAAACAAGAAGAUCAAAACCAAAGAAAUGCAAGUUGGUUCUCCAAAAUCCGAUUCGUCUUCAUCUGAUUACAGUAAAACUUCAACAGAAUCGAAUAGUAGUUCUUCAAUUAAUCGAGCUAUCGAAUUGAUCAAAUGUGAUCAUAUUAAAAUUUGGGUAGAUCAUAGCACUUAUAGCCAAACUAAUGUGAAUCCACAAAACAACAAAGAAGCACCAAUUGUAGGAACUUCAUCACUCGAUAUGAAUUGUGAAAUGAGUUCGAACUCUCGCAGCAGCUCGAGUCCGAUAAAUACAUUUAUCUCGAAUAUAUUCUCUGUUCCUUCGUUUCGUGGUCAUUCAGGAAGCAGUUGGAACGAUAGUUUUUCAUCGAUUUGUCAUUCUUCGUCAACGCAAAAUGAUAGUGUUUUAAAUUCAUUUCUUCCACGAUGUGGAGAAAAGUUACCACCACGAAAAACAAGUAGCCUGUUUGAAGAUGCAAGCACUUCAGAAAUUGAAAAGACUUUAAUAGCAGGCCAAUCAGUUGGGGAACAAAGUUUAGCUGCAUUUUUGCAAAGAACUCAAUUUUCGAGAAGUAACAACGAUUUGGAGAGAGAAAAUGCACAUUUUCGAAUUUGUGAAGCAAUUAUAUCAGCAAUCGAAAAAAUUAAAUGCCAAAAAUUAGAAGCUGAUAAGAAAAUACCUUCUGAAAAGAAGGAAGACGAAUCUUGUGAAAAUGCUGGAACUUCAUCUCGUUCUUGUGAGAAUUUGACCGAAGAAAAUUCAAAUAGCGAAAUAGAAACUACACAAAAAAUAUUGACCACAACAGAGGAUAAUGUAAAUAUGAAAGAGCACAUGCCGUAUGCUGAACUCGGUGAAAGUUCCUUGAAUAAUGUACAUUCAGCUGAAAAUAUUGGACUAUCAUUAAUUUCGAAAUUCAACGAUAAAAGUCUUCCCAAAGCAUCUGAUUGGAAAUGGCUCGUGUCGGAAGAGGACACGCCACAGAAUCUCCUACCAAUGCCACAACAAUCAAAUAAUCCAGAUGACAAUACGGUGCCCACGCUAACAAGAGGAACUCGAUAUUGGGCGCCACCCAGACAGCAGAUAAUAUUUACAAAUCAUCCUUCUCCAGAAAAAUUCUUCUUUCGCAGGAGAAAGCUUCUGAUUCAAAAACAAAACUAUCGCUGUGCUGGUUGUGGUAUGCGAGUGCCAGUUAGUCAUAUUAAAAGUUUUCGCUAUUGCACAUACUUGGGGAAAUACCAUUGUACAGGAUGCCACCGAAACCAAAUAUCAGCAAUACCAUCCAAAGUUCUUCAUUUAUGGGAUUUUAAAUUUUAUCCCGUAAGUGUUUUCGCUUAUCGUUUAUUAGAACAGAUGUGGACUUAUCCACUUUUCUAUGUUCCUGAUCUUAAUCCUGCGCUAUAUGUUAAAAGCAAACAGCUUAGGAAUGCAAGACUGAGAAGAGUGCAAGCGCAAUUUGUUAAAGAAUUCAUUACAGUUUGUCGUUUUGCUGAAAACGAACGAACGUAUUUUGCAUCAGUGCCUGACUACAUAACAACUGAUCCUGAUACAUGGUCUAUGUCUGAUCUAAUUGACUCCAAAACGAACACAAUCCACAAAUCUCUGCAAGAUUUAAUACAAAAAUGUGAAGAACACAUAUUCGAUUGUGUGCUUUGUACAGCACGUGGAUUUAUAUGUGAAUUUUGUCGCAAGGAAAUUGUCAUUUAUCCAUGGCAAGCUAAAGUUCAACGGUGCGAUAAAUGUGGAUCUUGUUAUCAUAGCAAUUGUUGGAAGUCCCAAUUUGACUGUCCAAAGUGCCAACGACUUAAAUCUCGACUAUUGGAGACAUAAGCUGACUGUAUAACAAUUAUUAUGCCCUUUAGUAAUUUUAGUUCAAAAAAUUUACGGUGCAUAUGUUUUUUUUUACAAGAAUUUACAGUUUCUUUCUUUUUAAACCUUGUUUUAACCAUGAUAACAACAACAAUGUAUGUGAUA